GCAAAGUAGAGAGAUGGAUGUGAAGCUGUCUGUAGGUGACCAGGACGAGAUUUGGGAGCGGAGAAGGCAGAAACUGGAAGCGUUAGAGGGGGCCGAUCCGAGCCAGCGACAGGACGAUCCUGCACAACCUUACAAGUUCAUAGAUCCCUUGCUAUUCUCGGCCGCGAAGGAACCGGACGUCGACAAGUUCAUCAAAGCCCUGGAGGAUCAUUGCGCCAAGGAAAGAGUGUCUUUGCACGUCCUUCUCGAGCGACGCAGCUUCUCCGAGAGCACAUUGCUUCACGCUGCGGCAGAGACUGAUGAUAAUGUUAAAGCGGUCAUCCAUUUCUUCCCCGAGCACUUGAUCUACUGUGCGAACUCCAGAGGAGAGACGCCGCUUCACAUUGCAGCUAGAGCCGGGAAAGCUGUUGCGGUGGAGCUUCUCCUUCGCCAAGGGGUGCCGAUAGACCCUGACCGCUGCGGCAACUCUGCUCUGCAUGAGGCCGUGAGGAAUCGCCAUCGCAAGGUGAUCGGUCAGCUGGUGAGAGAAGACCCCAGCCUGCUAUAUUAUGAAAAUAACGAAAGCAAGUCUCCAUUGUGCAUAGCAAUCGAAACAGGGGACUUGGAGGUUCUCACGCUUUUGUUGGAAGCGCCAAACAAUUGCGAAGACUGGAGGAGAUCAAAGGGCGAAAGGAUCUUCCGCAUGCCACCUGUUCAUGUGGCCAUUUUACAUAAGGAAAAGGAUAUGCUGAUCAAGAUGUGGGAAAAAAAGCCGUGGCUAUUUCAAUUGAGAGAUGCGGGAGACAGAACUCCCCUCCACUUCGCAGCAUACGAAAAUUAUCUCGAUGGAGUCAAGUUCUUGAUCGACAAGUUCCCAGCAAGUGCCUUGGAGAAAGACAGCGAGGGCCAUCUCCCUAUCCAUGUUGCCUGCAAGAAGGAUAACGUCAAGAUCAUUGAGGAGCUACUUCAGAAAUGGUCAGACCCCGCAGAGCUUCCAGCUGGGCAGGGACAAAACAUUCUUCACUUGUCGGCGAUGUAUGGAAGCAUUGCAACUGUCGAAUACAUAUUGAAAAGUCCUAAAUUUAAUCACCUCAUAAAUGCAAGAGAUUUUGAAGGGCGUACACCUCUGCAUCUGGCUGCGUCGCACUGCCAACCUUCGGUUGUGCUUCUUGCCCGAGACAGGAGAGUUGAUAUGAAGCUGGUCAAUAACAAUAACAUGACGGCUCUUGACGUCGCAUCAGAGAAAAUGGUUCAGGGCAUGAAAGUGAGAUUUCCUUCAUCAGGGGAGUUUUAUACGGCGAUAACUCUAGGAAUUGCCAGAGCACCGACAAGUGGAGAGUUAGCUAUUUGCAAGCCAACCGGUCAGAGCCCACCUAAACGACGUGCACUGCGUUGGGAGGGACGUAUGGACAUGGCAAAUUUUCGUGCAGUCGUGUUGGCGCUUGUGGCCUCUGUCACUUUCACUGCUGGUUUUACCGUUUCGGGAGGAUAUAAUGGUUCUGAAGGAGAUGCUGGAAUUUCCGUAUUGCUCCACAAAGUCAUGUACAAUGUCUUUGUGAUUAGCAACUCCAUGGCCAUGUAUAGCUCGAUCACGUCACUCAUGAUCCUCCUCUGGUCCUUUACUGAUGAUCCUUACGUGGGGCUAUAUGCCAUUUACCUAUCAAAUCUCCCAUUCUUGGUAACUCUUUUCACAAUGCCUCUGGCAUUCAUGGCGGGCGUCUACGUGACCGUAACCAAAUUUACUUGGCUUUCUAUUUUUGUCUUUGUCAUGGGAUCCGUCCCCCUCUUCAUUUUCUUGAUUUUCUUCAUGUUGAUAUAUGUAGUUGUGGUGUUUAAGUGGAAACCUCCUCUCGUUGGUCGCUUCGUCGACCAAAUGUUUAUUUUCUUCCUUCGAAGGAUUGGGGAAGACCUUGCAGAGAGUGGGACUGCAGGAACUGCACCUACAUCCGUCCGGGGCACUGCGAUGCCUCCGCCCCCACUUGAACGGAUGAUUUGAGCUUACAUGUUUCAGAAAGAUGGCGUCUGAUCCAGCCUCGAAUCUAUCUUAUCUUCUAGCUAAUUAUGUACCGAUG